AUGCAGAAGAAAAUAAUUCAACAACAGAUACCACUAACACGGAAGGUUUACACGACAACCCCGUCACAGCAACAGCAUCAGCAGAUGAAUGCGGUCAAAAAGAUCAACAGCCUGCUGCAGAGCGGCACGGUCAGCGUGACUGGUAUCUCGUCUGGCCAGCAACGAAUCCUGCAGAGAAAACCUGUGACUACGUCCUCAGGUCUGUCGAUCACGUCCACUAACAGCUUCGUUAGCCGGCAGCAAAAAUGCUACAUUUGUGGCGAGAAUGCCGGCGCAAACGCCGCCCUUAUUUCGGAGUCCUCGACCACGACGACGCAGACCGAGUACGUCUCGAAACUGGCGAAGGUGAUUGGACCGAACUACUCGGUCGUCCUGUCAAUGGAGGAUGUCAUCUGUCGUCGCUGCGUAACAAUCCUGAACCAGCUGGAUAAGCUCGAUUCUGAAAUGGAUGCCCUUCGGGGCACGCUGUUAGGAUUCAUUCACAAAAAGAACAACAUCCCGGACGACGCGGACUUGCAGGCUGGUUUGGGCGGUUCCCCACCGGCGAAGAUGCAGAAGCUAACGCACUUAAGCACAGCCGGUAGCGGCGGUACGGUGGGGACAGCAAGCGGGAACAUAACGUACAGCAUCAAGCAGGUGGUGGAUGGUGACACGAUCAAGAUGAGCACGUCGGGAAGUGGCUCGGAUCUGAACACUAGCGCUCAUUCGGAUGUCGAGGCCCAGCUUACGAGUAUGUUCGAAAAGGGCGGUAAUACGCCAUCACAGGGAACUGGCCAGACGAAACAGCACUUAGUGGUGACGACGAACAACGGUGGGACGAUGGCGCAAGGCUCGACGGUAGCGGGGUUGACCCGCAAACCCGCCAAACUGUACAAGUGCAUGCCGUGCGGAUUUAAAACAACCGAUCUAGCCCAGUUCCAGCCACACUACGAAAACUGCCCUCCGCGGAACGCCGCCCUGCAAAAUUCGACCGUCAUCAACUCCACCUCGUCCAGUUUCCGGUGCAAGCUGUGCAAGCUCGUAUUCGCCAGCAUUGCCUUGUUGAAGCAGCACAACCUGCAGGACCACCAGCAACAGCCGCAACAGAAGACGAUCGUCACUACCUCCGGAGGGCUAGCGCAGUUGGACCAGCAGCAAGGAGUGACGGGUGCGGCCGCCGGCACGCAAUCGCUGUACUCCUGCAACGUGUGCCCGUACAAGACAACGGACAAGCAGGCCCACGAUGACCACCUGCGGAAGCACAUCAAGCUGAAACCGUUCAAGUGCCGCGUCUGCCUUAUGCGCUUUGAAACCCGCGAGCAAGCGUCCAUUCACGCCAAGCAGCAUCAACCGGACUACUUCAAAUGCGGCAUCUGCGGGGUGACGUUCAACAAGCGCGAGCUGCUAAUGGCACAUCUUGAGGUGCACGAGGCGAACAAGAAGAGCCCCAAAACGGGGACUACUCAACAGCAGCAGCAGCUACAACAGCAGCAGCAGCAACAGCAACAACAGCAGCAGCAACAGUCCGAACAUCAGCAAACGGCACAGGCCGGAACGUCAUCGGAUCCCUCGACGCAAAAGCUGCUACAGGAAUCGAUUGACGAGGCGCUGCGCGAAUCGAUCGCGGACACGAUCGAUGCAAAGAUGAUACAAUUCCACACCUGCAAUUCCUGCUCGCUCACAUUCCUGAACGAGAAGCUGUACACGCAGCAUAUCAAGACCCAUGCCCACGGUGCGGGCACUUCGGCGGUCGUGACGACCGGCUUAACGCAACAGCAAACGCACCAAGGCCAGUCGCAGCAGCAGCAGCAGCAGCUAGUGCUCUCGAAUAGCUCCGUGGCUAGCAGGAAGACCAUGGCGCGAACAAACAGCACAUCGACGUCGGUGGACGUUGGCGGCGGCAGUGGGCUGAGCGCUAAGAUCCUUACCACGACGGCAGCGUCCAGCGGCGGAAACGCGAGCACCAACUCGGCCACCAUUUCCGACGGAGACCUCGAGAGUAUCUUCGAGCGAAUGCAUUCGGACCAGAAGGUGGCCGAUCCGGCAUCAGCGGCCGAGGGCGGCAGCAUGGUUAUUACGAAUCAGGACGGAACGACAGGAAACAUUACGUUUAAUAUUACGCUACCCCAGCAGGACGGUUUAUUUCUGCAACAACAGGAGCAACAUCAACAGUCCGUUGGAAUCGAUAUGCCAACGCUUGACCAGGGCGAUGAACAGCAGCAGCAGCAGCAACCUCAGCAGAAGGAACAGCAGCUCCAAAGCAUGCCCGUCAGCAUGCCGAGCCUGGACGAUGACGGCGAGCAAUCGCAAAACAGCCAAAACUCCAACACAGAAAACGUACCGAUGGAGCUGGAGGACAUGCAGACCGGCGAGGGCCAGCAGAUCAACCUGAUCCUUAACGAUGGGCAGGUGCUGCAGCUCGACAAUCACAUUCUUACGACGGACGCCGAGGGCAACCAGAUUCUGGUGCAGGGCACGGACACUGAACAGAUCCAGCAGCUGCUGCAAAGCGUCGGUGUGGUGAUGCAGGGAGGCGAGGGUCUCGGCGAAGGCGAAACGUUACAGAUGAUCAGCGGCGACGGUAACAACCAGAUGAUCCUGGUGCAAGGCGCCGACGGUCAGGAGCAACUGAUCGACGCGUCGUUGCUAAACGCGGAUGGUAACAUCGUCAUCCAGCAGUCGCAGGAAGGCGAACUGAAUGCCGAGGGUACGCACAUCACGACCGAGGAUGGGUUGCAGAUUCCUGUGUCGGUUGCCUUUACGACAGCCGGUGAGGCUGGCCACGAGGGCCAGCUAACGGUGUCGGUGGCCGAUGGCAGCGAACAGCAGCUACAAUUGCACCUCCAGCAAGCCGCUGCGUCGGAAGCGGACGAUCAACAGCAUGCCGACGGUAUGUCGGACGAGCAGCAGCAUCAGGCAGGAGCCAUCCUUACAGAAGGCGGUCAGAUUAUUCUCCAAACGAAGGAGGAAGAGCAGCGGCUCAAAAAUGAGGUGAACGACGAGAAUGGAGCAUCGGCGGGUGGUAAUGAUUCCGCUGUCGGUGGUGACAUGAGUGGCCAGACUAAUGGAGGUUCCGCAGUCGUCACCAGCUCGAAUGGUACGACGAUCACAACCACCGCAACGGCGGGGAAUGCCGUCACGUCAUCCGGUACUGGUGACGAUCAGAUGUUCAACUUUGACGAGCUCAUCCAACCGCAAAUCGUUAUCAAGCAGCAGCAAGUAAAAUAG